AUGGAAACUGAAUUCGAUGCCUUUGAAAUUGACGAUUUCGGCCCUUCGGUCCGGGUACAGGUGCCAAGUACCAGUGAGGGCCUGAGCCAGUUCAACCAGGCUUUCCUAGACCCGCAGCAGCGCGCCUAUGUCCAGAACAUCGACUUCCACGUGGUUCUCCCGCCCAUCAGUAACAAACGUCUCAAGAAACUGCAAAGCCAACGGGAAGCAGCUGAGAAUGAUGCCUGCUUCACACGCGCUGUGACAAAAUUCUUUGGGCGGUUGGCGAAAUGGGAGCGCCGUCGAUAUGGGCCAGGGGUCACUCUGAAGCUGGUCGUGGCAUCGCCGACGGACUGGCAGGCAGAGGAGAUGGAGGAGGACGGAGAACUGACAAACACUCACAACAUACGGUCCGCACCGAUAUGGCAAGUACGAGACCACUUUCGGUAUAUCCGCUUCGAUGAAACUUUGCUGCAGCCGUCCGGUUCAGGCUCGUCGGGUCUGCCGCAGAUUGCGUGUGUAUCCGAUUUCGAGUUUGACGGGGGACCGGGCGGACGGAACAUUCACCCCGACGUUAUUUCGGCCAUUUCAAGCGCGUUGGUAUCGGCUAGGAAGAUGGAAUGGAAAUUCCAACUUCCCACACGACGCCUGAUGACUGCCAGAAGAGAGAUUAGGUCUUCUCUAGGGAACGCUCUGCUCAAUACAGCGUUUCCUAGCCUGGUUGACUUCAAGGUCAAACUCCAGGAUGCAGACCCCCACAAUGAAGCCUUUGAGCCGGGUAGUCUGCUGGAGGAUGGAGAGGAAGAAGACAGGCUGAGCCUUGGAGUGCGACGUCUCUGCCAGCUUCCGACUCUAAAGAGGUUGCAACUAGAGUGUCUGUGGGUCUUGUCGCCAGCAGCAAUUGGGUCGCAACCGAAUCUGCCUGACAUCCAGUGUCCCUCUCUUGAAUACCUUUACAUCGACUGCGCUGUUACAACACCAGAUGGGAAGUACUUGCUAACGGGCAAUCUCGAAAAGGCCAUGAUGGAUGACGGCGGCUAUGCAAAGACCUCGGACGAAUUCAUGGCUGCUUUUGACUCCGACGACUCGGACACGUCUGACUUCCAACCCGACUUUGAAUGGGCGAAGCAAGCUGGCGAGUUCCCUGGGCGAUGGUUCAGAUUGACGCCAGACUCAGAAACGUUUGUGCCACUUGCGCGCUCCUUUGCUGGCGCGGUGGUCAAGAUGCCGUCAUUGCGCCGAAUGGACAUCCACUUUGGAGGGACUGCUACGAAUACACGAGCACCUUUGGAUAUGUCCUAUUUUGCUCCUCACGAGCCGAAUCGUGGCGCAAGUCAGCUAAAUGGCAGGAAGGCAUUCGAUGAGGAGAAUGCUAGCCGUCCUCGUUGGUUCCUUCUGGGCGGCCGGAAGUUUGACAAGCAUUGGAAGAUACCCUUGGAGCUGGAAGGUGAUUUCAAGGGAGGGUCAGGUCGAGGCUGUGUUCAUCUCGCCACUAAUUAA